AUGGACGCAGCCAGUCGAGCGCUGGCGCUGGCCCUGCCGGCAGAUGUAGCUGAUACAUUUGCUAAUCGGUCAGAGUAUGGCAACGCUCCCCUCUCCACUAUUAUUCACCGUGAUCAUGGACGACGCUCGCGCGAGGAGCAAGCCGAAAGCCAGCAGUACCUGAGUCGGGAGGAGGAGAUUGCCCUCGUGAGAUUCUUGCUGCUCAAGUCCAACCUUGGGCAACCUAACUGGCCGAAGGCCUUCGAGAAACGGCACCCCCAACUCCAGGCUAAAAGAGUCCGAUCGAUCGACUGGAAGCGCCAUAGCAAUAAUAUACAUGAGAAGGUCGUGGAGUGGUUCGACAUGAUCGCACCGGUACUGCAGGACUCGAGCGUCGUGCCAGAAAACGUCUAUAACAUGGAUGAGACAGGAGUCAUGCUGAGCAUGCUUGGCUCAGUCAAGGUUCUAGUAGGUAAAGAUGAUCGGUAG